AUACCGCACAAAGAAAGAAAAUCACUUCGGGCUAUCAAUCGCUUUGGGCUGAAGGGCAGAGCCGGGCGGCGACAUGGAUCAAAUUCAAUCUGCACCAAACCGGGGAAAAGCCCCUCUGCCGCAACCACUUCACCAGAGUGAUGCAGACGAAGAAGAUGAGAACGUGAAGCAGCUGAAUGACUGCGCUUCCUACUAUCUUUCAAUGCAGGAAUGUCUCGUUAACUCAAACAGGGAUUGGAAAGCCUGCCAAGCGGAAGUACAAGCUUUGAAGGCGUGCAUAGAAAAGAGAGAGAAUAACAAAUAGAGAUAAGAAUUCUGCAGAGAAGGCAUUCUGGCGGGCGUCAUCUGCUCUGCGUCCUGGAUAAACGUGGGAAUAAAAUGUGAAAAAUGGAAUCUUUGUACUUUUCAAAGAUCUUGACCUCGUAAUUGCAUCCGUAACCUUGCCCUAUUAUUAUGAUUCAACAAAAGGCUGUUUCGCCUCGCAUUUGAUUGCUGCAAAUGAGCUGUGCCCCCAGCCCACUGUGAAAAUGAGACGAAUCUAGAGACAUUACCAAAUUUUAGCGUCAGAGAUGAGUCAUUAUGCAUAAUUCAUUUAUUGCUUUUAUAAAAAAUGAACAGAUUGUUACUAGAGAUGGAUUUUUAAAUUUAUUUUAAUCUUAAAUAUGACAUCUUAAUUUUU